AUGCCGUUCGACACCGAGCUCACACGCCGUCUCGGCAUCAGGAUCCCCGUCGUGCAGGGCGGGAUGCAACAUGUUGGUUACGCCGAGCUCGCCUCUGCCGUGUCCAACGCGGGUGGCUUGGGCAUCCUGACUGCCCUGACCCAGCCGACACCGGAAGACCUGAGGAAGGAAAUCCGUAAGACAAGAACAAUGACCAAGUAUCCUUUUGGUGUCAACAUCACCCUGCUGCCAACGCUCAACCCUCCAGAUUACGGUGCCUAUACUCAGGUCGUCAUUGACGAGGGCAUCAAAGUCGUUGAGACUGCCGGAAACAGCCCCGGGCCUGUCAUUUCAAGACUCAAGGCCGCUGGCAUCAUCGUCCUGCACAAGUGUACCACCAUUAGACAUGCACAGAGCGCCAUUAAACUCGGCGUUGACUUUCUUUCAAUAGACGGCUUUGAAUGUGCCGGACACGUAGGCGAGUCAGAUAUUACAAAUUUCAUCCUGUUGAACCGGGCUCGCCAAUCGCUCAAGGUACCUUUCAUUGCCUCAGGCGGCCUGGCUGAUGGCCAAGGCCUGGCUGCCGCCUUGUGCCUUGGCGCGGAAGGGAUCAACAUGGGCACUCGGUUCAUGUGCACGGUUGAGGCGCCCAUCCACCACAACAUCAAGGAGGCCAUUGUCAAGGCGUCGGAGACCGACACGGCCUUGGUAAUGAGGCGCUGGACUAACACCACCAGACUAUUCAAGAACAAGGUGACUGAAGCCGCCCUCAAGGUGGAGCGGGAAAGCAAGUCGGACAAGUUUGACGAGAUGGCACCGCUCGUCAGCGGCAAACGUGGACGCGAGGUCUUCAUCAAUGGUGAUCCUGACUAUGGAGUCUGGACCGCCGGUCAGGUCAUUGGUCUUAUUCACGACAUUCCUACAUGCCAGGAACUUGUGACACGUAUUGAGAAGGAGGCUGAGGAAACAUUGACGUCCAAGCUCAAGCUGACUACAUCAAAGGCGAAGCUAUAG